CCUUAUCAUAACUCAUAGCUUGAGUCAAGAAUUACGACCGUCCAAUUAAUCGGUGCUGACGCUUCUGUAAUUUGAGCAAUAUAGUACUUAAAGAUUGUGCCAUUUUCUACUAUACAAGAUAACACGAGAUCGAGGUUUAGAUCGAAUAUUUAAUUUGAGGUAUUUUAACCAUAUCAUCAUUGACGGCAACCAUAAUGGAAUGGCCUACGGAGUAUUAAAACCGCAUCUGGAGUUGAUCACUAGGGACCAGAGGCUCUACACAUAGUCCACAUAGAAGCAUACUGAUUAGAUAUGCACUUAUCGGGCUCUCGAAAGUUGAAGGUUACAGGGACUCCAAACCUAACGCAACAGUAGGAAGACAUGACGAAUCUAUCGCCCAUCCACCCAAUCGCCUCAAACAUCCUCAAUACUCCACCAAAAUGUCAUCGGACCUCUCGCAAUAUCUAGCAACACAUUACCUAAUCGCAGACCCUAAGCCCACUAAAAAGCGUAAGCGCAAACAACCCGCGGCCGACGCAGGCGGCCUCCUUAUAACCGACGAAGCCGACUCCAGCUGGGGCACCUCAAAACAAGAUGAUGACGAUGAAGCCACCGCCCAAGUCUCCGGCACCUCAGCCGAGUUUCGCAAAGCCAAGAAAAGCAGCUGGAAAGUCGUCGGCACGCCCGCCCCCUCAGUAACCCAGACCAAAGCCGAAGACGCAGCCGCAGACGCCAUCCUCGCCUCAGCAGCGGCCGAGUCUGCCGCUGCGGGCGCAGACAACGAUGAGGAUCUACCCGUCAUGAUGGCUGACGGGACGCACGCGGGUCUACAAUCUGCCGCGGCGGUGUCGGCGCAGCUGGAGCGGCGCAAGAAGCGGGAGCGCGACGAGUUCGAGCGUGCGGGACAGCAGAAGGAGGCCGAGACAGUGUAUCGGGACGCGACGGGGCGGCGAGUGGAUGUCAGCAUGAAACGGGCGGAGCUGCGGCGGGCGGCGCAAGAUGCGGCUGAGAAAGAGGAGAAGAAGAAGGAGCUGUUGAGAGGAGAUAAGCAGAUUGAGGAGGCGAGGUUGCGGAGGGAGCAGCUGGAGGAUGCAAAGCUGCAGGGCGUGGCGAGGGGGGUCGAUGAUGAGGAUAUGAAUCGAGAGUUGAAGGGGCAGACGAGGUGGGGGGAUACUAUGGCCCAGUUUGUGGCUAAGGACAAGGUUGGGGGAGGGGAUAGCGGAGGGGGGGGAGGGAAGAAAAUGAAGGGACGGCCAGUAUAUCAGGGUGCUUGGGCGCCGAAUCGGUACGGCAUUCGUCCGGGCUAUCGGUGGGAUGGUGUGGAUCGUGGGAAUGGAUUCGAGGCCGAGAGGUUCAAGGCCAUCAACAGGGUCGAACGGAACAAGGGGCUCGAGUACAACUGGCAGAUGGACGAGUAGCACCAUACCGAGUCCGUUUAGUCUAACUACUGUAUAUACUUAGUUAGGCACAUGAAAAAGGUCCUGGAUGGCAGGCAGCAUCGCCGUCCUCUUUCGGCAGCGUCAUCCCAGCAAGUCAGGAAAAAUAUAUCCAAUAAGCAAAU